ACGAACUGAGUGGCAGCGCGACCACCAUCAAUGUCUCGCAGUUCGCGGUCACAGUUGUUGCUGAUGUCUAUCGAACAUGGCACGUACCCACUACGGGGGGUGGUCACUGUAUAAAUAUAUAUACUGUUCUUUGUUGUAAAUAUGGCCAACGUUUUCUUGUCACGUGAUUCACUGCCUAUCCAAUGAAAGUCCGACCUAGCGCUAGCCGCCGAGUGUCCGUGAUCUUGCGCGACCUUCGCAAAAAAGAUGCAGAUGGAGCGAAUCAGAUAAAGAAGAACGAGGGUAAAGAAGGGGGCAAACAGCGAGGAAGGAACGCCGUGCUUGUGGUGUGUGCGUGUGUGAUGUUUAAUGCUGACCGUCUCGCUGGCCCCGCCGCCACCAAAUUCAAACCGGGACUGCGCCUCUUCGCGAAGAACGACCGUCCUGUCCAGGACGGCUAGGUCACGGUACGUUCCAGCGUCUGCGGACGAGCAUGGCGAUAUGCCGGGACGUCGUGCCGGCCUGGUGACCUGACCGAAAGCGAAGUACUUUUGCGACGGGGUGGCCCCUACGUAGUAUAGUGUGUGAAAAAAAGUGAAGCCGCCAUGUCCACCGACGCCGACGACGAAGAGCCGCGACCGUCUUCGGACGAGAUGGACGAGAAGCGGCAGCUGCAGAUGGCCUACCUGUACCUGUGCCACCUGGAGGAGACGCGGCUGUGGUUGUCGUCGUGCAUCGAGGAAGAGAUGCCGUCGGCGACUCGGCUCGAGGAAUCGCUGAGGAACGGCGUCUACCUGGCGCGGCUGUCGCACUUCUUCGCGCCCGAGGAAGUGCCGCUGCGCAAGAUCUACGACGUGGACCAGAGCGUGCACCGGGAGCGUGGCCUGUGCUUCCGGCACACGGACAACAUCAACCACUGGCUGAACGCGAUGCGCGCCAUCGGCUUUCCCGAGCACUUCUUCCCGGACCCGUUCGACCUGUACGAGAAGAAGAACAUGCCCAAGGUCAUCUACUGCCUGCACGCGCUCAGCCUGUACCUGUUCAAGUUGGGCAAGGCGCCCAGGAUCGAGAAGCUGAUGGGCAAGCUGCGCUUCUCGGACGAAGAGGUGGAACAGGUCCGGCGCAGCCUGGUGCUCAACGCCGAAGUGCCCAUGCCGGCGUUCAGCCUCAUCGACGGCAUCCUCGCCAAGGAGACGAGCGCUGACUCCUCGGCCGUGAUCGCCAUCAACACGGCCAUCGACAAGGGCGAGGAGGACCUGCUCUUCGAGACGCUCUCGGCGCCCGCCGCGCAGCUCAAAGGCGUGCGGCCGGAGAACGUGCACAGGUACCACGAGGUUCUCGAGCGCGCCAAGGCUUCGAAGCUGAAGCAGCGCGCCAUGCGGCAUCUCGAAGGCGGUGAGGACGAGGCCGAGGACAUGUACGAGCGCCUGCUCAGCCUGGCCGAGGUGCAGGGCUACGUCCUGGAGACGAACGUCAACGUGCUGCUGGGGCAGAUCGACGACGCCAUGAACCACGGCGACGUGGUGCUCUUCGGCCACCUGCUGCUCACCAGGAAGGACCUGGGCGUCCACGACAUCGUCGAGGACAACGUGCCCGCCUACUUUCAGGUCCUGGCCAAAAUCAAGGAGGACGCCCAGGCGAACAACAACCCUUUCACCCUGUCCCGCAGCGACCUGCAGGUGGCCGUGCAGCUGGCCAACGAGAAGGUCGAAGAGGAGACGCUGCUCGAGGCGGCCAUCGAGGCCGUCAACAUGUCGCUGGACUGCGGUCGCGCCGAGGACACCCUGGAGGCCCUGCGGGACCCCGCGGCCCGGCUGCCCGGCGUGUACCCGUUGGCCGCGCCGCUCUACCACAACCAGUUCGCGUUCAUCCGCCGCGAGGCCGGCCACAACCUAAGCCACGAGGAGCUCAUCGGCGGCGUCCGCAUCCUCAACGCCAUCGCCGAGGUGAACUUCGCGCUGAAGGCGAGCGGCAGCUUCGACGCGGCAGCCUGCCUGGAGAACCCGCACGCCCACAUCGCUGACGUGCGGCCCCAGUGCCACGACCGGUACCUGGCGGCGCUCAAGGCGGUGCUCGACGAGCGCGCGGACGGCUUCCUCACGCACACCGAGAUCCAGGAGAUCGUGAACGAGGUGAACGCGGCGGAGGACGGCGAGGCCGACCGCGAGGACGCCCUGGAGCGCAUCAACGACGCCGUCGCGUUGGGCACGCCUCAGGCAACCAUGGAAGCGCUGCUGGCGCCAGCAGCGGGCAUUCAGCACCUGAGCCGCGACCACGUGCUUCUCUAUCAGGACCUUCUGGAGGUCAAGCAGAGGUCCCUGGACGAUGAGCGGCCGCUCAGCGUUGACGACAUUCAGAGCGUCAUCGACACUGCCAACCAGGUGGCCGUGGAGGCCAGCAACAUGUGCAUCGGCCUGGCCACGCUCAACGUGGGCGUCUGCAACCAGAGCGUGGAGGACGUGCGGGGGGGCCUGGAGAGCCUGCGGGUGGUGCCGCUGUUCUGCGGGGACGACGCGGCCGCCAUCGAGGCGUACAUGCGCGAGCUGCGCGCCGUGUUCCUCGAGAAGCGGACCCCGUUCGCGUUCGCGCCCAUCGAGUGGUUCGCCUACCUGGUGCGGCCGGGGCUCUUCUUCAACCUCAACGUGGUCCAGUUCCGGAGCGAGUGGUCGCCCACGCCCAAGGCCGACCACACGUCGUUCCUCUCGCAGGACGACGUGCGGGCCGCCGUCCUGAAAGUGAACGAGCGCCUGGAAGAGGCCCGCAUCAUGGCCCAACUGUCCCCGAUGAUCACCCAGUUCCAGGCCCGCGCCCGCGGGUUCCUCAUCCGCAGCGCUGUGCGCGAACAGUACGCCUUCUAUUGCCAGCACCUGGACGACAUCGUGCGUCUGCAGUCGUGGUUCCGGGCAGUACGGCAGCGCCGACGCUACCGCCGGAUGCUAUACGAACUAGAGGCUCUGGUUCCGUUCGUCGUGCGGCUCCAGUCGUACGCGAGAGGGUUCCUGGCCCGGAAGAAGGUCUUGGAGCUCUACGAGCACUACAAGGACCGGCAAGACGUGGUGACGUUCGUGCAGACUCGGUACCGGGGUCACCGGGCGCUGCGCGACUACCAGCUGCUGACCAGGGCGACGCCCACGGUGCCGGUUCUUCAGCGGUUCCUGCACAUGCUGGACAUCAGCGAGCACGACCUGUCCGAGGAGAUGGAGCUGCAGAAGGUCAAGGAGAAGGUGGUGGCCACCAUCCGGCACAACCAGGCCCUGGAGAAGGAGGUCUUCCAGAUGGACAUCCGCAUCGGCCUGCUGGUGCGCAACUGCAUCACCCUCGAGGACGUUAUGAGCCACGGCGCCAAGAAGAAGGACACUGCGCUCGCGGCCGUCAAGUCCGACUGGCUACACACCUCGGGCGGCGGCCUAACGGCGCUCAGUCGACGAAGCAGGCAGAGGCUGGAGGCGUACCAGCACGUCUUCUACUUGCUCCAGGUCGACCCCCACUACCUGGCCAAGCUGAUCUUCGUCAUACCGCUGGCCAUGGCCAACAACUUCGUCGAGUCGGUCAUCUACUCGGUCUACAACUACGGCUCGACGCCGCGCGACGAAUACCUGCUGCUGCGGCUCUUCCGGUUCGCCCUGCAGGAGGAAGUGCGCUCCAAGCUCGAGAAGCCCUCGGACAUCCUGCGCGGGAAUCCGCUGGUCGUCCGCAUGGUGGUCGGCUUCUUCCGCACCCGCGGGGGCCACAACUGCCUCGAGCUGCUUCUCUCGCCGCUGGUCAAGGGGGUGCUCGACGACAAGGAGCUCAAGAUCGACCUGAACCCCGUUGACAUCUACAAGAAGUGGGUGAACGACAUGGAGACCACGUCGGGCAAGCCCAGCGGCCUCAAGUACGAGGUCAACGAGGAGGAGGCGCUGCAGCACAACGAGGUUUACAAGAUGCUGCACAACUCGGUCAUGCAGCUGGAGAACAAGGCCAAGAUGUUCGCGCGGACCAUAGCGGAGAGCAAGAGCAAGAUUCCGUACGGCAUGCUCUAUCUCUGCAAGGUCCUCAAGAAGGCCCUGGAAGAGAAGUUCCCGGAAUCGGCGGGAGAGGAGAUCACCAAGGUCAUCGGGAACAUCCUGUAUUACCGCUACCUCAACCCGGGCAUCGUGGCCCCGGAGUCGUUCGGCGUCGUCAAGCUGGAGCCCGAAUGCCCCGUGACCAACGUGCAACGGCGUAACCUGGGCAACAUCUCCAAGAUCCUCAGUUCGGCCACGUCAGGGGUGCCGUACCGCCAGAAGCACGCCUACCAGAUUCGCCUCAACAACCUCAUCGAGUCCUGCAGGGAAAUCCUCCACAGGUUCUUCAUGGAGGCGUGCGAAGUUUCGGAGCCCGAGGAUCGGUUCAGCGUGGACAGCUACUCGGAGGCCACGUACAUCUCGCCGCCCACCAUCACGCUCACGGCGCUCGAGCUGCGCAGCACGCACAGGUUGCUGCUGGAACACGAGGACGACAUUGCACCGGACCCCAAGGAUCCCCUGCACGGCCUCCUGGAAGACCUCGGUCCCGAACCGACGCUCGAGGACUUGGUUGGUGGUGGAGGCGCUUCGGCAGACACCAUGGAUGUGGGUGUGCUGUCUUCGGCCAAGGUAUCUCUGUCCCUGUACGGAAAGUUCUCAGAAGAGGAGGAAGAUGUUCCCGAAACAGACCAGCUGCUCAGGGACACCAAGUACAUGAUCGUCGAACUGCUCAAGGUUCUCCGACACGCGAGCAGCGUGGACGAGAUCCUCCACGGGGAAGCCGGGCCCGAGCUGGAGCGCGCCUUCCUCGAGGCACAGGCGACCGUGCGGCUCCCCAAGGUGUCCACCGCGAGCCUCCUGGGGCGCCGCAAGUACGGCUCCCUGUCGGCCUUCCGCAAGGCGCUUCUGCGAAACUUGGACAUGCUGGAAGGCCGCGGCAUUGCCACGGCUCAGGACGACUACCAGGCCCUGAUGAGCAGCAUCGCGACGGACAUCCUCCAGAAGCGUAACCACCGCGUCAACCGCAAGAGGGAGCUGGCCAACCUGGCGGACACGCAGCGCAAGCUGGACGUCAAGACGCGCUACUACGAGGAGACGCUGGACUACUACCAGAGGUACGUGGACGCCUGCCUGGCCAACCUGUCCGCGGGCAAGUCGUCCAGGCGGCAGUCCAUCGGUCCUGGCGGCGCCGGACAGUCGGCCGGAGACAUCCAGCACCUCAAGCCACUCAAGUCCCGGAGCGCCCUCAAGUAUUCGGGCUGGAAGCUGCACGAGAAGGGAAUUUUGCUCGAGGUCUCGGGGCUGGAGACGAACCAGCUGAAAAGCGUCAGCUUCGAGAUCGCGCCCACCGACCGCGCCGGCGUGUUCAGCGUGCGAACCAAGUUCCUCGGCGUCAGCACCGACGAGUUCACCCUCGACAUCCAGGACUUGCUGCGCCAGCAGUACGAGGGCGUCGCCGUCACCAACCUCUGCGACCGGGCGCGCGUCAACAACAACCUGCUGCUCUUCUUCCUCAACAAGAAGUUCUACGGCAAGUAAUGGCGAGAGCCCUGCUCUUGGCGCGACAAGCGGGGAUUUGGUUGACGUGCCUGUGGACGUAUUGACAAGUGUUCGCCCUACGGAACCACCCGUGUGAGCCUGUGUGAGCUUUGCCCGUAUAUGCGACCACAUGGACAGGAUUGAAGAGUUUGUGGGAGGCUUCAGUGAACGUGGACGCGCUUGGGAAAAACCUGUGGUCAUGGCAGCCUUGCACAGACGCCACUUGCAGGACCAUUUGCUGGUGGCGCUUGGUACUUUUAAGGAGCACAACUGCUGCGAUGCGUGAAAGAGGAUCACGACUUCACCUGGCAUUAUGCAGCUUUGCAUCACGCAGACGAAGCUUGAGAUUUGUGAAGAAAAUUCGCACAGGCUGACCACCAGCUAUUCGUCAUGUGAUGUGCUAUAGCUAAGUCCUUGCUAAUGUGCUCUCAGAUGGUAGCUGCACAAGGACUAGUCAAAUGGACUCCUUUUUUUUUUUUCUGUGGCUCUCUGGGAGUGGUCGAAGUGCAGGUAGUGAGUUGUGAAAAAAAUGAAAUAUAAGGAUUGACGCAGUAGUAAGAUCGAAGCACAGCACAGGAAAAGCACAGGAUUGACGCAGUAGUAAGAUCGAAGAGCUCUUUUUUUUUUUCAAGCACUUACAUGAAUGGUGGUGUUCAUCAUGCUGAAAGACUGGUCUGUUAUGUUUGACCGAACAUCAUUUAGCAGCCUGCAUUUGUUUCAAUCCCUGCACUUUUCUCGGUGGUCGCAAUGAUCAGCGAAGUUUCCUUUUUGUUACUUUAUGAGAGUUCAAUUCAACGGCUAUAGACUUCUCACAUCAGCCGUGGGUGCGUGAAGAAACUUUUUUUUUUCGUGUUGUUUUUACUUGUUCACUAUGUGUAGUCAUUUGAAUGAAGUAAAAGACCGAGUGAUGAAAUAAUUUACAUCGAACUAUUCGUUCGCUGUAACGACUUUCUUCUGUUCCUUUCGUGCCUGGCGUUUGUAACCGAUUCGAGGUCACGUGACUUGGAACCGAUUGCCGACAUGUUUUGCUGAAACCUGGCGAUGCGCAUGCUGUGUGUCACGUGCACAUUCAUCAUCGGUGCUGAGAAAUUGAGCGUUCAUGCUAAAUCCCUGCAAUAGUUGUCCUGUACCCUAAAGGAAAUCUACACCCUACGCUAAGCAGCCUUUACCAAACUGUCUCGUUCUAUGAGAGAAUGAGCAAGUUUCCAAAGCAACGAUGACUAAGGCACGAUUUGCAGUUUCUAUGGAAGUGCCCUGUUCCUCAUUAGUGAAACGUGCAAUUAAUUGCCAAGUAUCGAUGACUAAGACAGAGUUAACUGCGACAACUUGCAACUGCCAUCAAGUGUUUGUUCACUUCCCAGUGAAGCCUCGUUCUGUGCCCUAUAUGGCCUGCUAACUUGAAGCGGCUCACAAGUUCUCACUGCCCGCACUUCCUCGUCGACUUUGCAGCCUGUGAACGAGCGUGCAUUUUUUUUUUCCUGCAGACGUGUACACCGCGGUAUAUUGUGCUUACGUGGUGGUUGCUCGGAACUGCGACCGCUGGUUAAUUGUCGCAGACGCUGUGUCACAACUGCCAAAUACGGCAUCGAAAUGCCGGAGAAAGUGCACGUCCUCGCAUUCGUUGACAACUGCCGGCCCGAUCCCAGGCGAACAUUUUUUGUGUGCAUUUAUUUAAGUUACUUUUAUAGCCCGUGUUUUAACGUUUUGCGUUUGACGAGUGCGACCGUGCAAAAAUAAGACGUUCUGGUGCGGUGUACUCGGCACCAAAUAAAAUGUUGCAUUCUCUUGGUCCGACUCUGUGUCCAGCGUCAAAGGGCGUCACACAAGGCGGCUGCAGAAUGUUGUCCAUUUUGGACUUUCCUCAGCGUUCGUUUAGGAGCAUAAGACGGAUGCUUUUUUUUUUUUUUUAAUCAGUCACUUCCGCGGACACUGUACAUAGAGAUGCAUAUAUACGUAGUGUUUAGUGCAGGCUUCGGCCGCCCACAAAACGUCACACACAGUAAUACGAAGGUCAUUCUGCAACAACACGUACUUUAUUCUGGACUAUCUACAGUAUGGUACACAGCGCUGUACAUCAUCGUUCGUAUCUACAUAGGCAACACGUAACAAACAAGCGUUAUUGGGCCACGUUUGCUAUAAGGCAGGCUUUUUUUUUUCCCCUUUAAGUGCUCAAUGCGACAAAUGCAUGGACUUUUUUUUUUUCUUGCUUCUGUU